AUGGGCGAUAUCAUGUAUAAGAACCAGCUGCAGGAGCUUGCACAGAGAAGCUGUUUCAACCUCCCUUCCUAUGCGUGCGUCAGACAAGGACCAGAUCAUGCACCCAGAUUCAAAGCUUCUGUCAACUUCAACGGUGAGAUCUUUGAAAGCCCAAACUACUGCACCACAUUGAGACAAGCAGAGCACGCAGCUGCAGAAGUAGCCCUCAAUAAACUCUCCACAAGAGGCCCUUCCAGGUCUCUCACUGCAAGAGUUCUUGAUGAAACUGGAAUUUACAAAAACCUCCUUCAAGAAACCGCUCACAGAGCUGGGCUGAAGCUCCCUGUGUACACCACCGUAAGAUCAGGUCCUGGCCAUGUCCCAGUUUUCACUUGUACUGUAGAGCUUGCUGGCAUGAGUUUUACAGGUGAGGCAGCCAAAACCAAGAAGCAAGCCGAGAAGAAUGCUGCAAUUGCAGCAUGGUCUGCCUUGAAAAGAAGCUUGGGGCCAUUGACAACUAAAGAAGCAGAAGAACAGGACCAGGCAGUUGUGACAGGGGUGCUCUCAAAUUUUAGACCCAAAGAUGAUCACAAUAGCAAACAAUUUAUAAGGAGGAGAGAUCAAAUUCAAGCAAGGAGAAGAAUGGUCAGGGGCCAAUGCCACAGAGACAAUACUAUUGCCUCUACAUUAUCAUCUCCAUCAUCAUUAUCCUCCACAUCCAGUGCUGCUAACUCUCUACAGAAUCAACACUGGAGGCUGAUAGAUCUGUUAACAGAUUUGGUUCCAGAAGUUUCAAAGGAGAAGCAAAACAGCUUUGCAUCUCUGCUUCCUCCACCCCCACCAAGAACAGCCUCAAAGAUUUUGCCACCAACUACACUGCUCAACAAAGACAACUCCUCUUCCUACACAUUAUCCAAUUCCAAUUAUAGGCCUAUCCCAGUACUACAAGUUAAUGUGAGGAGGGGAUCACAAGUUAUUCCACCUCCAUUGGAAGACCACCAAAGGGAUGAGGAAGAAUGGCUUGGUACUGGAAAAUCAGAUAUCAUUAUUAGUAACAACAAGGCCAUUGAAAAGGAGGGUCCUAGUAAUUCAAAUUCAAGUUCUGCAUAUAGGCAAUUUCCAUUAGGUCCAAUGAAGGCAUUGCCUACAAGUAGCCACAUGAUGGACAGAGCCAUGUACGCUGGAGGUUUCAGCCCGCACAGGAUUGCCCCUGCAGUUCAAAUCAGAUCAGUGAUCCCAGUUUGUGCAGCACCACCAGCACCACAAUCAAACCCUUCAAGAAUGAUGUCAAUGAAAGACACUUCACAGGCAGCCUUAAGUGCUUCUUCUUCUUCUACAAAUUCAGUGCCCAUGCAACCAGGAACAGAGGUCUCCUCAUCAGCCAGCUCAAAGUUCAAAAUGCCCGGGUCAAGCUCAACUCAGCUGGGUUCUGAGUUCAACAAGCUACAGUUAGGAGGAGGAAAAGACAGUAAGAUAAUCUGA